AUGGGCGUGAUCCUGAGCAUCUCUGCCACCCUCAUUAUCUCCACCAACCUGCUGGUGGCCGCGGCUCUGCUGAAGCUGCUCCUAAAGCGCGGAUGUCAGAGCUGGUGCUUUGUCCUCAACUUGGCUGUGGCCGACACUCUGGUGGGCGUAGCCAUCACUGGACUGGCUACGGAGGACUUCAGCAAUUUGACCGGGAACCAUGGUGGUCACAUCGCGAUUUAUCCUCCCACAAAUGCAACGCCUCCUGUUCCAAAGGGCAAGACUCGGUGUUUGCUGCGAAUGGCCUUCUUGACGUCCCCCUGCAUGGUGUCCAUCUUGUCUAUGUUCCUGAUCUCGCUGGACCGAUACGUAGCCAUCAAGAUGCCCCUGCGUUACUCUAUGAUGUCUGGGAAAGGGAAGACAGCCGGAUCUUUACUGGCUGUGUGGAUCAGCUCCUUCACCAUGGGAUUUUUACCAGUGAUGGUGCGGCAGCUACAAGCAGCAGGACCAUACGAUGGCUUCUGCGCUUUCUUUACCGUGAUCCACGACAUUGCCAUCAUUGUACUGUACUGCCUGCUCUUCUUCCCUGUGCUGUCCCUAUUCAUCUACAUGUACCUGGACAUCCUGAAGAUUGCCUGCGUCCACCACAAGCAGAUCUCCCAAAUCAGGCAAACGAGCUCGAGAGCGGACGACAACCACCACGGACCAUCCCAGUACCACCACCAUCAACCACAGCAUCAGCUGCUGAGGAGCUGGAGUCACGUUAAGGCCCUGAGGACGGUGGCCGUGCUUGUCGGCUGCUUCCUGGUGCUCUGGAGCCCUUUCUUUGUGGUGUGCAUUGUACACCUUCUGUGUAGGAAGUGUGCUCUGAAGGAGGUGCUGGAGAACUACCUGUGGCUCCUAGGGCUCCUCAACUCUCUGAUAAACCCCCUCGUUUAUGCCUGCUGGCAAAGGGAGGUGCGGCUGCAGCUGUCGGCCAUGUUUUCCUGCAUCACCAGCAGGUUGACAUCUGCAGCGCCACCGAGCGCGUUGGAAAGAAGCCACUCGUCGCCGCCGGCGCAGACUCAUGCUUGCGUUUCUGAGGGAGACGCACCUAGCCCUUCAAUUAUGCUGCCAAUCAGCAGCUUGGAUCUUCAUGCCGUUCUCCCAUCUGACACAACCAGUUUGUGAAAGCAACAGGGGAAGCUCUGGGGAACACUGCAGCCAUUUAAAGUACACUACUGUCAGCGACUGCUUGGUUAUUGUUCUGAA